GGCCGCGCGGCUUCACCUGCAGUUCGGAGCGCGCGGAACAGAGGCGCGGGCGGCUGCGAGGCCGGCGGACGCACCGGCCCGAGGGAGCGCGCCGCCGGCCGACUUGGCCUGGCUCCCGGAGCCGGGCGGCGAUCGCGGCGGCGCGGCCGGGCUGGAGGCGCGGGGCCCGAUCGAGCGGCGGCGGCGGCGGCGGCGGCGGCCAUCGGAGCUGCGCGAUCGGGGCGGCGGCAGCGGCGGCGGCGGCGGCGGCCGGGAGCGGGCUCCGGGCGCCGGGCUCCGGGCGGGCGCCGGGGCGCGGCGCGGCGGGAAGAUGACCGCGGGCUCCGGCGUGCUCCUCGUGCUGCUCUCGCUCUCCGGCGCGCUCCGGGCCCAUAAUGGGGAUCUUACAGCCCGGGAGACCUGCAAGGCUGGAUUCUCCGAAGAAGACUACACGGCACUAAUCUCGGAGAAUAUUCUGGAAGGAGAGAAGCUUCUCAAAGUCUCGUUCAGCAGCUGUCUGGGGACCAAGGGGACCCAGUAUGAGACCAACAGCGUGGACUUCAAAGUGAGGGCGGACGGGACGGUCUUUGCCACCCGGGAGCUGCGGAUCCCCUCCGAGCAGGUGGCCUUCACCGUGACCGCGUGGGACGGCCAGACGGCCGAGCGAUGGGACGCCGUGGUGCGGCUGUUGGUGGCCCAGCCCUCGUCUGCGCGCCCGGCACACAAGAAAGGGAAGCCGAGUGCCGGUCUGGACGCCUCUCAGCCUCCGAAUGACACGCUGUUGCCGUGGCCCCAGCACCAGAAUGCCAACGGGCUGAGGAGACAGAAACGAGACUGGGUCAUCCCACCCAUCAACGUGCCGGAAAAUUCCCGAGGGCCCUUCCCACAGCAGCUGGUGCGGAUCCGGUCCGACAAAGACAACGACAUCCCCAUCCGGUACAGCAUCACGGGGGUGGGUGCCGACCAGCCCCCCAUGGAGGUCUUCAGCAUCGACUCCAUGUCUGGACGCAUGUAUGUCACUAGGCCCAUGGACCGGGAGGAGCGAGCCUCCUACCACCUCAGAGCCCACGCCGUGGACAUGAACGGCAACAAGGUGGAGAACCCCAUCGACCUGUACAUCUACGUCAUCGACAUGAAUGACAACCGUCCCGAGUUCGUCAACCAGGUCUACAACGGCUCUGUGGACGAAGGCUCCAAGCCAGGCACCUACGUGAUGACGGUCACGGCCAAUGACGCUGACGACAGCACCACGGCCAACGGGAUGGUGCGGUACCGGAUCGUGACCCAGACCCCACAAAGCCCAUCCCAGAACAUGUUCACCAUCAACAGCGAGACGGGGGACAUUGUGACGGUGGCAGCUGGCCUGGACCGAGAGAAAGUGCAGCAGUACACAGUCAUUGUCCAGGCCACAGACAUGGAAGGGAACCUCAACUACGGCCUGUCGAACACGGCCACGGCCAUCAUCUCGGUGACAGACGUGAACGACAACCCGCCGGAGUUCACCACGAGCACGUACGCAGGGGAGGUACCCGAAAACCAGGUGGAGGUGGUGGUUGCAAACCUGACCGUUUUGGACCGAGAUCAGCCCCACUCGCCAAACUGGAACGCCUUCUACCGCAUCAUCAGCGGGGACCCCUCGGGGCACUUCAGCAUCCGCACGGACCCCGUCACCAACGAGGGCAUGGUCACCGUGGUUAAGGCAGUCGACUACGAGCUGAACAGAGCGUUCAUGCUGACCGUGAUGGUGUCCAACCAGGCGCCCCUGGCCAGUGGGAUCCAGAUGUCCUUCCAGUCUACGGCAGGGGUGACCAUCUCCGUCGUGGACAUCAACGAGGCUCCCUACUUCCCCUCGAACCACAAGCUGAUCCGCCUGGAGGAGGGCGUGCCCACCGGCACCGUACUGACCACGUUUUCGGCAGUGGACCCCGACCGGUUCAUGCAGCAGGCCGUGAGAUACUCCAAACUGUCGGACCCAGCAAACUGGCUGCACAUUAAUGCCACCAACGGUCAGAUCACCACGGCAGCCGUCCUUGACCGCGAAUCCCUCUACAUCAAAAACAACGUCUACGAGGCCACCUUCCUGGCAGCUGACAACGGGAUCCCCCCUGCUAGUGGCACCGGGACCCUCCAGAUCUAUCUAAUCGACAUCAAUGACAACGCCCCCGAGCUGCUGCCCAAGGAGGCACAGAUCUGUGAGAAGCCCAGCCUGAACGCCAUCAACAUCACCGCGGCCGAUGCCGACGUUGACCCCAACAUUGGCCCCUACGUCUUCGAGCUGCCCUUUGCCCCGGCCGCCGUGCGGAAGAACUGGACCAUCACCCGCCUGAACGGUGACUAUGCUCAGCUGAGCCUGCGUAUCCUCUACCUGGAGGCUGGAAUGUACGAUGUCCCCAUCAUCGUCACAGACUCCGGGAACCCUCCGCUGUCCAACACGUCCGUUAUCAAGGUCAAGGUGUGCCCGUGCGACGAGAACGGCGACUGCACCACGGUUGGCGCCGUGGCGGCGGCCGGUCUGGGCACCAGCGCCAUCGUGGCCAUUCUCAUCUGCGUCGUCAUCCUGCUCACCAUGGUCCUGCUGUUCGUGGUGUGGAUGAAGCGGAGGGAGAAGGAGCGCCACACCAAGCAGCUGCUCAUCGACCCCGAGGACGACGUGCGUGACAACAUCCUCAAGUACGACGAGGAAGGGGGCGGCGAGGAGGACCAGGACUACGACCUCAGCCAGCUGCAGCAGCCGGAGUCCAUGGAGCACGUGCUGAGCAAGGCCCCGGGGGUGCGGCGGGUGGACGAGCGGCCCGUGGGCGCCGAGCCUCAGUACCCGGUCAGGCCCGUGGUGCCGCACCCGGGAGACAUCGGGGACUUCAUCACCGAGGGCCUCCGCGCCGCGGACAAUGACCCCACAGCUCCCCCCUACGACUCCCUGCUGGUCUUCGACUACGAAGGCAGCGGCUCCACCGCGGGCUCCGUCAGCUCCCUCAACUCGUCCAGCUCCGGGGACCAAGACUACGAUUACCUGAACGACUGGGGGCCCAGGUUCAAGAAGCUGGCGGACAUAGACAACUGUCACCCCAAACUCCACCCAAGUCCCCGUUGCCUUUGGUCCGGAAGAAUACAGCGUCCCAAGAAGCCACAGCCCGAACCAGCCAGCAUCCCCGAAAACCCUGCCAUGAGCCCUCCGCCCCUCGCGACUGGAUUCCCGAAGGACCCCGUCAGAGGCCCGGCCCCCGAGAACCGGACACAUCCGUGAGGGCCGUGCGGACGGCAGGCAGGGCCGGGAACCCGCACAAGCCACAGCCCUUCUGCAUCGGAGUCUCCGAUGCUCCUGAGCUCACGUGCGCAGCAAAGACCUGCUCCAAGUGGCCAGGCUGCCCUGACAUUGCUGUGCCAUGGGUCCCACAGAUGUGUCUGGACGGCACCCACCUGAAACAGCAGCCCAUCUCCUUUCCUUUGGACCCAGCUCAGCCCCGAGCAGCUGCUCAGACUCCGAGAGUUGCAACAGCCCUUUGCACAGGCAGGUCCGACGCAUACACCAGACUCGAGAGUCAGUUCCGCAGGACGUGAAAGGCGCCGUGUCCCCGGGGCCCACUGGGGAGACCCCACCGCGUUUGUUCUCUGGGUGAGAAGAGGCUCCUUGGUCCCCGGCGGGAGAAGACCGCCUCGCAGGAGAACCCUGGUCUAUUCACAGGCUCCCCAAGAAAGGGGCCGAAGGGUGCACUGGCUGUGGGCGGGACUUGGCGCUGGGGUGCCCUCGGGGAAGCUGGCUUGCCUCGGUUUCCCGCCCUGGAGCCUUGAGGAAAAGCUUCAAGGGCUUGGGGAGGUGGGGAGGGCUAGGGCUCAGCUUGCUGUCCGUGCUGUCUGUCUGGUUGUCUUUGAUGCAGUCUCAGCCUAUGGCCUGUCCCCCUGCCUGUGGUCACCCUCUUUUCCAAACAGCUUUGGCCUCAGAGGUGUACAUGGGGGCACGUGUGUGUGUGUGUGUGUGUGUGCAGUGGGUCUGGGUUUGUCCCCACCGGACGGCAGGCUUCCUCCGCGUGCCAAACUCCUUGCCAACUCCGCCGUUCUUCCAGAGCUGAGCUGGGGCCGUGAGCACUGGUGUGUGGCCGGCUGGUGGUGAGGCUGAAGUGGGUUCUGCCCCUGACCCCCUCCCCCUGCCUGGGGAGGAAGGG